AUGUCCAAGCAAAUAUCUGAUGCUGGCGCUAAAUACCAGAAAGGGAUUACAACACUCAAGGUCUGUACUAUUACAUCAUCCUCAAAAAUUGAAAAUAGAAUGUAAAGGGCUUAGUUUCCAAAGAAACUCUGGUCCUACGUUGGUCGGUGAAGUGCACGAACGUAAUGCACACUGGUUGAAGGUGCCCCUUUAAUGUAAAAUAAAUUAAUAAAUAACGAUUUAAAGGUAGCAUAUCCACGUAGAGGUUCUUCUUUUACCAUUCCUGGUCGAAUUGGAAAGUGUUGGUUUUUGAGAAGAUAGGAAAACCCUAGUACCCAGAAAAAAGCUUCGCGGAGCAAGGUAGCGAACCAGCAAACAACUCAAGGCACAAUUGACAAAAGGAGAUGUCGCCGGGAUUUGAACCCGGGCCACAUUGGUGGAAGGCGGGUGCCCUCACGACUGCGCCAUCCCUUGCUCCUGGUUUGCUAAGAGAGAAAUAUACUUUGCCUUGCGUCUAUUUCUUGUUGGACCACAAAAUGGGAGAAAACUCGAGCAGGAAAGUGGAAGAAUCGUGAAAGGACGUACUCUGCGAGCAGAGGCCCUUCGAUCUUCCUAGAUAAGAUCAAAGGGCCUCUGCUCGCAGGGUAGAAAGGAGGAAACGGUAACUUAGGCGCCUAAUUCGAUUCUCCGCUUGUUUACUUGUCGUUCUCUGAGUCUACAAAAGGGAAUACACUGCACAUAUGGAAUCCAAGCUGAAAUAAAACAACUUCUAUGAUAAGUAUCUUCACCGUGUUGUAGAUUGUUGUAUGAGAUUCAGAAUUUGAUACUAGAGACCUGAAUGCGGCGAUAGCGAAUCGUGAUGUGUAGGAGGAGAUCUCCGCGAAUGUACCGUCAACUCCCGGUGGUCGAAGGAUGAUGUUUUCGUUGGGCGGUUUACGCCGGUUUCGCUACUUGUCUAGUUCGCUACGUUCGAGUUCGCUACAUGUUCGCUACUAACAUGCCGAAUUCGCUACUUACUUUAUCAUCCUACUUCCACGAUCUUGUAGAACGAACAUCUUGUUUUAAAAGAGAAAUUAAAACAGUGAAUUAACAGAGGCAGCGAAUUCGGCAUGUUAGUAGCGAACAUGUAGCGAACUCGAACGUAGCGAACUAGACAAGUGGCGAAACCGGAACUGAAGUCGGCUGAUUCAGUUCCCAGUCAGACAUCAGGAACAGCUUGGAUGCUGGUCAGUCUUAGAAAAUGAAUAGUUGAGUAAUACUGUGCAUUAUUUGCCCGUCACAUUGUACCCUUUGUUUUUAGGCAUCUGUGCAGUCGUCAAACCAUCAGCUGUCUUUCCAGUGUACGUAUGCAAGCCUGAGAGCUGAGAUGUUCCAAGCUCAUACUCGGCUUCUUGCAUCUUGUGCAACCGUGAAAUCCUGUCCUCCCCCGGCUAUUGCUACUGCUGUUGCCAUGGCAACUGGUCAAGACGUUCAACGGUUGAGCCAUUUUGCUGCUCAAGUAAGUCUAAUUGAAGAGUUACAUGUAGUUGAAAAAGCGUUGAUUUUUAGUUGAGGCGCGUGUAGUGUAAUGCAUGUCUAGCUCAGUCAAGCAUUCAUAGGCGGUAAGGUUACCUGGGUGUGAGCAAAAUCUUUCCUAUGACACGGGCCAGUUGCCAUCGAAAUAUCACAUCAUUUGCCGUCGCGUUGUUAUUUGUAAAUCUGCCUUAUGGGUGGAAGGAAACAGAAAUUCGUUGAUAACUCCCUUAGCAUUGCUCGCAGGCUCAUUAUAAUAUCAUCCUCGCAGUCUGUGCUAAACAAAACAUUAUGGUCAGUGUCAUUGCUGUUCACUUAUGUGACAGGACACAUCAAAAACUAAAUUUCAAGACCAAACCGCUUAUAACAAAUAGAGCCGCGGACGUGAUCAUGUGACUUUAUGGCCACCUCGUAUAUGUCAGAAUAACUUUACUGAUAUUGCUUUUUAAGAUGACCGAAUGCAGCAAACUGUUCCGCUGUUUGGGGGAAAAAUAUGGACAAUUGUACCGCUCCUCGUUUAAUGCGGAUCCGGUCAGUCUGCAGAAUAUCGAAACGUAUCCUUUUAUUCAGUUUUUGUUCGAAAUGCUGUGAUUCUUGUUCCAUGUCUGAUUCCAAGCACUAAACCUGAGUACAACGAAGUCCUUGAUAUAAGGAACCAUAUUCUUCGCCCCAGAAAGAGUUUCAGUGUAACGAAACCUCUUUAUAAACAAAUUUUGCCAGUUCCUUGGGCCUUAGCUCGCACGCAUGCGAAAAAUCGUAAAUUUUACGGCAGCGGGGCAGAAUAGUCAGUGCGCUGAACACCCGCUAUGGCUCCGUCUUUAUGAGGGUACAGGUAGAAUGUCUGUGAUUCUCUGUUUUUAUACUCUGCAUUUUUUUUCCUGAAAAAGGUUAACUUAAAGUUGAUCAAUUAAAAUUCCUUGACAAGUUUCUCAGUCUUCAACAGAGCUGUUUAAUGAUAUCACACAGUAUUGAUGUCUUAAUGAAAACUUCUCAGCCAAGGUAAAACAAGUUAAUUUAGUCAUUUAACGCGUGAUGUUCACAAAAGUGUAAUGCACUUUUCUCAGUUUGGGCACUUUUUGUUAGAUAAAGACAACGUAUAUGUAGCUAGGCUUUUUUGAAGGUGGUAAGUCGUUCGGGGCUUUUCGUUACGUUCCGUUUCGUGAUGUUGAGUAAUUUUACUUAAAGUUGUGUUGAGUUUCUCUACGUUGCGUUACGUUAUGUUACCGUGGCUUUACACGCAUGUUAGACCUCGGAAAGAUUUGUCUGUAUCUACUGAGUUGCCCAUUAGCGGACUUCCAAGACAAUAUUUCCCGAGCUUAAAUUCAAUAUAUGUGCGAUUUUUGACAAGCUCAUCUGUAAACCACUUAACUUAUAUCUGGAUCUGUUUGUAGCUCUUUAGGUGAGCAAGGAAGCAGUGUCAACAAGUCUUUCACGUUUAGACGUAGUCCACUUUCCCUUGCUUGCACAGAAAUUCUACAAACAGUAGAGGUUUGUCAUUGACUUCAAAUGUUAAUGGACUAUUAGUAACAAAUAUAUCGACGUCUCUUUUAUUGGCGUAUAUUUUCCAUUGUAGUCUGAAAUGUCAUACGUCUCCACCCCCUAACCCGUGGGGAUCUCUCUCCCCUCAACCCCCACGGGUAAGCGGGUGGAGACGUAUGACAUUUCAGACUAAUUCCAUUGGAGCUUAAAGGGAAGAGGGGAAAUUAAGCCAAGGCACGCGAGAAGCGAGUACGUGAAGGUUUCCUUCCCUGCUUCCUCGCGAGUUCCCUUUCCGUUCCACCAGUUCCACAGGUUGCGUAUCGUUAGAUAAACUGCUGACGAUAGCUUCCUCAGUUCUGGUAGCCUUUUUGGGACGUUAAAGGGCCCACACUGCUGUUCAAAAAAAGUAGGGGACGUAGACCCGGGAGGUGUGGCCAACCUUUCCUGAGCUGGGUGGGUUCAUCUGUAAGGAGAUAUCUUAAUAUAGGGAUAACCUCGUGAUCCUCCUUCUGGAGUCGUAAGGGCAACCUGUAAACUGUGUAUUAUAUUGUAUUAUAUUAGUACACCUCACCAACGAUACUCAGCUAUAAAAAGGUGUUAAUUUCCACGAAAGUAGCUCCAGGAUUUCUUUAAAUGAAAACUAGCUCUUUCAUCUUUAAAACAUGUAUCACUCGCCUUACGAAGAGGCUCCUGGCCAGGUAUCCUCAUUUUUUUUUUCAACAAGCUAACUAAAGUCAUUAAACGUUAAAUUUUUUAUUUCACUUUUUACUGUAUAAUUUUUCUUAUCACUUUAGGAGCUAGCAAUUCAGCUGGAAGCUCUUCCUGUUUGCCACUCGGUAAAAUGAUGAAUCAUUUAAUGAUAUCCAUGUAAUGCAUUGAGCACUGAGCAGACACAGUAAAUUAAUGAAGUUUUUUUAACUUUUGUACACUGGUUUCACUUGCUAAUGAAGUAAUUUUAUCAGUAAAGGAAUCCAAUAUAUGAGUGUCUGAAAACUUUCUUAAGUUAAUUCUUUUCUGGAUCGAUGAGUAACUGACUUGGAUACUAACAGCCACUUACUUUUCAAACACCGAAAAGAAAGUCCGAAAUAAAUCGUGCGCAGGAGUUUUUUUUUAGCCUAGUCAAUUUGGGAAAUGUCAGUGCCAUGAUAUUGAUUUAUGGUUGUACAUUUUAUCGUUUUUCAGCAAACUGAAUGUCUUAUUCAGGCUUCCAUGACUCUCCUGAAGGUGCCGUUUAUUUUCCCGAAACACUUCUUCUCCAGUCAACAAGCCACGUUUAUCAAGGUUUGUACUCAAAAAUUUUCUAUGUAACUAUUUUGGUGAGUCCUAGAUUGCCUGUACAGUGGACGCUCUCGUGAGCGGAAACUCUCGUAACGCGAAAAAAGUGCCCGUACCUGGAGCUGGCCGCUUACGGGAAUGUAAAAAUGCAGAGUUUGUAUGAGAGUUGAGAAAAACGGGGUUUUGUGAAGGCGGCCGUGAGUAAAGCUGUCCUCUUACGAGGGUGUCUGUUAGGAGAGCCUCCUCUGUAUACAGUCUUGAUGUUGUUGGCUUUAUAAAAGUCGUGGAAUUUUCUUUCCCAGUUUCCGUGUUUAUAACCGUUAUAUCGCUCGCCACACGCUUCAUUUGGCUUUUCUGAACCAACCUUGCAUUAUUUGAUGUUCUUGUCUUUGGUUCACUACAUAACUUUUAAACAGUUCAGAAAAGACAUUCUCUUCACCUGAUACUAAAAGAAAACCAAAAGGUACUAGUAGGAGUUUUUCUGUUGCACUUGCAGAGACCCAGUAAUAAUGGGUGAAGUCCGGUGUUUUCUUUCAUGGAAAACGCUAAAAAAUACAGUGAGCCUCCUGUAGUGAAAAAGGGCGGGAAUGGAAAGGAUGCUAGCUUUGUCUCGCGGUCCGUAUAAAAGAAUCUUUUUUAAAUUAGUUAUAACCAUUAAGAGACAGGGCGCAACAUGUUUGAAAUGAAUGAACAUUAGGUAGAAAUUCCUUUCUUGUGACAACAAAACUUGAAUCUGUUUACUUUCUGUAACUCUUAUUUGCCAACAUCAUUCUUAGAUUUUGAACAACAAUUCCUUUUGCUAAUCUUGGUCUCUCUUUCUAUCAUGUAGCUGGCUUUGUCACCUUCGCCUCGGUCGCCUUCAGAGCCAAUUUCGGUCACACUGGAUACACAAUUUGUCCUUAAGGUGGAAGGAGUCAUAGAGCGCUGUCAAAAGCUAGGUCAGAGUCUUGUUAGCAGUGUAAACACAAUCUUUUACGACACUAUUGUAGUGUGACCCGAUGUAAUGUUCGCAACCUAAUUUUCCCCAAAUAAUUUUACAGUUGGUUUCAACUUGGAAAAACAACUACGAUACCACAAGCUAUUUUUUUAAAAGUAUGUUUUGCUCAUAUCAACCUUUCUUUAGCAGUCAUUCCACUUCAUAGUUACUCCUUUGUCCUGAACUGGCUAACGAUGUAUUGUGCAAAAUCAUCCGCCUUGAUGUCUGAGGCUGUAAGUCUCAGCUCAAAGCCAUAACCAAUCCCUUGUUUACAAUACAAGGACUCAAAGUUGGAUUAUGGAGUUACCUUCACUAUACAAUUUUAGUUUGUGUUGUUUUUCUUGUUUAUAGGACUUUACCGCCAUGUGCAGUCUGUUUGCUUGUCAGUAACAUGGGGCGCUGAGGACAGAAAGCAACAACCCAUAGAUGGAAAGGUUUGUAUUUGUUUCUAGACUCACAGUAGCUUUUAGCCCUUCAGACUCACUGAGAGUGUAGACUACAAAACUGUCCGUAUUUUUUGCGUAUUCAAGUACCUACGCGCGAGCAGUCAAACAAAAAGUCUGGAACGAGGCUAACACAGAGAGCGAGACUGGGGAGAGACCCUACGGGCGUGCGAGGCUCGCGCACUUCGAGCGCGUAAGACUCUUACGCCACGCUUUACCAAUUUCUGUACUGAUUUUCUCUGGUGCUUGCAACAGAAGCAGUGUAAAAUAUUUCUGAAAUUUCGGUGUAUUUUCUUUAUUUCAGACUUCCCGAGAUCACGUGACCAGCUUAGAACAAACAGUGGUUCCCCACCAUGAUUACUUUAGUGCCCAGUUCCUUCUCCAGUUUAGUGCACAGUCUAUUUAUCACGUGACUGUGUCUUCUAGUGUGAUUGACAGUUUCGGUAUACUGUGGAAUACAGGUCCCCAGAAUAACCUGCAGAUUAAGACCACGGAUUCUGCCAGUAGAAAACAGAGAACGUCUAGAUCAUAGCUGGUGACAGAGAAACAAACUGUAUUUGAUUUCAGAAGGCGAUGAAUGAAAGAAUGUUAACCACAAAAUGAGGGAGUAUUUAGAUGUGGCCAACUCUUCCCUCCCACCUCCUCCCCAGAAGUGACUUAAUUUUCUCACUCUUGAUCCAGUAUCACUC